AUGGCGUCCUGAUUCCUGGCUUCAUUCGGCGAACGUUUCUUUUCAUUUUCUAUAUGACCGGCUAGUUGCUUGUUGCCGACUUCUCAGGCAACGAACGAAAACCUGCCACCAAAUGUCAUCAAACAGCUAGUUAAAGAGUUGAGGAACCUGGAUGAGUCUCCCCCGGAAGGAAUUAAAGUAGUCGUGAAUGAUGAUGAUUUUUCAACAAUAUUUGCUGAUAUUGAGGGCCCUGGUCUGUGCUCUGCCUUAACUUCAUUACCGGUUUUGUUUUCUCCUAGUGGCUCAUGUGAAUGCCAUGAAGCAUUGUGCAUUUAUUCACAAAUCUAUGCUUUCAUGUUUCAGCUGGAACACCAUAUGAAAAUGGUACCUUUCGUAUGAAGCUGUUGUUGUCUCAUGACUUUCCUCAGUCUCCUCCCAAAGGUAGUACGCCUUUUUGCCGUCUCAUUACUUGCCUUAAUGUCUCGAUCAUGCAUUGAUCUGUUUGCCUGUUCUUCAUUUUUUAGGCUUCUUCUUGACCAAAAUAUUUCAUCCCAAUAUUUCAUCGAGUGGUGAAAUAUGUGUCAACACGUUAAAGAAGGACUGGAGCCCGUGUCUUGGAUUGAGGCAUAUCCUUCUCGUAAGUCUGUACUUACUGGUCCCACUUCCUUUCUUCUUUCAGAAGCCUCUUUUUUAUAAGAAAAAGACGUUAAAUUAUUACGCUGUGGCAUAUGUAUGUUAUUCAUUUCUCUAACACUUUACAACUCUUAUUAUUAUUAUUAUUAUUAUUAUUAUUAUUAUUAUUAUUUCUAUGGUCAUUCAUUCUUUCUUCCUUCUACAGUGAUGUCAUAAUUUGUUGCUUCUUUAGUCCUUCAAGUGAUUUUCAAGCAAUAAAAAAUUAUAUUUUCCUUAUUUAGGAUAUAAUUCUGAUUCCUUGAGAUGUAAAUGCUUACUGCCUAGCUCUCAAAACAAAAAAACAAAAAAAACAAAUCCUACGAAGUUGAGGACUAGAAAUCAAACAUGUAGGACAAUGGCAAUUAAUAAUCCCUAUUAUUGUCUCAGCAUCAUCCGUCGGCAUUUUUCUUUGAUCCUACCACCUGAAAAUAAGUUAUGAGCAUCAGACAGCACGAAUCAAUCGCGGCCAUGCUGGUUACAAUCAUCAGUACCUGCAUUAUCAGAGAGAACUCCACCAAUUCUGGUUCUCUGUGCUCAUCUUUUGGCCACGGUGUUCUCUGUAUGGAUAAUCGGAUGAACCCAACGUUGCCCGGGCCAGUUCUCAUCAUAAAUGGCCAUCUCUUCAGACCCAAGAGCGAGAAACAGAGGGCAGAGUGAGAGGAAGAGGCCGGCGGAAGAACAAAAAGGAGAUCAAUGGAAAUGGCGAGAAUGAAAUUAGGAAGGUGGAGAGGAUAAAGGGGAUGAAGGUCGGGCGAAAACUUCUUCUGGUGAGAGAAGGAGAAAGAAACGGACGGGAUGGGGCAGAGAGAGGGAAGACCCCUCCCUUUCCUUCACCCCUCCCUCUCUCUCUCUCUCUCUCUCUAUUCAUGUAUAAAAUGUUCUGUAUUCUCAUAGUCGGUCCACUUGGCUACUGAUUGCAGGUGAUCCGGUGCCUCUUGAUCGAGCCCUUCCCAGAGUCCGCGCUCAACGAACAGGCCGGCAAGAUGUUGCUCGAAAACUACGAAGAGUACGCCCGCCACGCCAGGUAACCAGCCAUUCCUUCCCUCUUCCAGACAGCAGCAGGAGGACAAUGCCUCUCUCUCUCUCUCUCUCUCUCUCUCUCUCUCUCUCUCUCUCUCUCUCUCUCUCUCUCUCUCUCUCUCUCUCUCUCGCUCUCUCUCUCUCUCUGUCUCUCUCUCUUCUUGGGGCUUUAAAGAGAAGGUAUAUGAUUGUGAACUUGUUGUAACUGCGACAGUCUUUAUACGGGCAUACACGCUUCAAAGCCGAAGCCCAAGUUCAAGACGGGGGCGAUUUCGGAGUCAACGACGGUGCUGAACGUGGAACAACAGAAGCUGACGGUGGUGGGCAACGCCGGUGCGCCGACAGCGGCGGCGCCGUUGCCGGUCCCGAACGCUCCGGCCGCCGCCUCUCCUUCCAGAGCCCCGGCGGCGGAUCACGGCGGCGCCGUCGCCGCCGAUUCCGCGGCUGGGUCGUCCGCCGGCGAUGUAUUGGCCCCGAGGAGAAAGCCAGCGGCGACGGCGGCAAAGGUUCAGGCGCUAGACAAGAAAAAGAUGGAUGCCCGAAAGAAGAGCCUGAAGAGACUGUAA